GGACACGCCUCCGACGGUGGUGGACGGGCCUGCGGCCAGAGUUGUGCAGAUUGACUCUGAGUUUAGGGCCGGGAGGUCGACCCGAGAAGCCACCUGGAGUUAGGGGAGGACAGUAAAUAAUGGUCCCACGCGGGGAGCAGAGCAGUCAGGCACAGGACCCGGCGCUGCCAGGCCGGAAGCCGGGUGCUCGGGUAAAACAAAGCUGAGUUUUGUCACAGUAAAACCGGUGGCAGGGUAGGAGACCAAAAAAAAAAGGGUUCUGGUUCUGGAUCAGCCAUCUUAGGUGGGGCGGAGAGAGCUCAAAACUUCAUGGCUGGGGACAAUCGGAAUACUCAGAAAACACUAACCGAAGAGCAAGCAUGGAAAAUAAAAGACAGAGUGGACAGUGUGACGUUUAAAGGGAGGCUGGUGACCUUGGGAAGAUCAGUACGUUACAGCCUUUGAUACUGGAGUCCAUUCUAAUACAGAGAAACUUAAUUUUUCUUCACAGCUAGGAUUGGUAGGAGCGUGAAACACGAGAAGACUGAUGUGGAAGGAACCUUAUUUGUUUAUACAAGGUCUGCUUCUCCAGAGCAUGGAUUCACCAUUAUGAAUAGACUGAGCAUGGAAAAUAGGACAGAACCCAUUACUAAAGACCUGGAUUUCCAACUCCAGGACCCUUUCCUUCUCUACCGAAAUGCCAGAUUGUCCAUUUAUGGAAUCUGGUUUUAUGAUAAGGAAGAAUGUCAAAGAAUUGCAGAGCUUAUGAAAAACCUAACUCAGUAUGAACAGUCGAAAGCCCAUCAGGGUGCUGGAGCAGGAAUCACCCCAAUGAGCCUCAAUUCAGGAGAGGGCAAAGAAGUGGAUAUCUUACAAAUGCUCACCAAGGCCAAAGAUGAAUAUACAAAGUGUAAAACCUGCUCUGAGCCAAAACAGAUAACCAGUUCAUCUGCCAUCUAUGACAACCCUAAUCUCAUCAAACCAAUCCCAGUGAAGCCCAGUGGCCGCCAGCAGCAGCACAGACCCCCUGGCCAGACUUUAGAUCCUGAAACUCAGCACUUAUCCCUGAUAGCCCUGUUUGGGAAGCAAAACAAAGCUACCAGGCAGCAAACUGUGGAGCCCCCUCAGAGCCUCCAUCAGCAUCCACCAGAGAAGCUUCCAGCCCAGCAGGGCAUCAUGCGCUCCCUCUCCUAUGAGGAGCCCAGAAGGCUCUCAGCCACUGUGGAGAAGCAGCUUUGUCCAGCCAUUCAGAAACUCAUGGUCAGGAGUGUGGACCUGCACCCUCUGGCAGAGCUGCCUGAACAGCGGCCCUGUGAGAAUGGCAGCGUCCAUCCUGCAGGGGAAGUAGCCGCCGGACUCAUGCAGCAAGGGUCUCUCCAUAACAUCAGAACUAUGCGGGCUGGACAAGCUGCUUCCAGGACCCAGAACUUGGAGCAGCUCCAGAGUGCCCCAGAGCUGGCAACCAAGCAUGAUGUCAGCACUCCAGUGCCCCCCAUCCUGGCCGCCCCUGGUACCCACAGAUCCCCCUCUGCUGCUACCUCUGUGGCUCCAGUCCGGAGUCUGGUCCAGCCGCAGCUGGUAUAUUUCAGUAGCUCUCUUGCACCUCAGAUGCUAGGACAUCAGGCCCACAGUAAGGGACAGUACAUGCUGCCGGGACAAAGGCUACCUCUGGCUGGCAGUCAGACAGGCAGCCCUGGCGUGGUCUCCCCUCAGGAGCUGCUGAGAAGGCUGCAGGUGGUACAGCAGGAGCAGCUGCAGGCAGCGCCCCGCCCAGCCCUGGCAGCCAAGUUCCCCACGGUGAGCCGGAGCUGCAGGACAGGGAGACCCUGGGAGUCCUGCACCAGCAGUACGUGCGGCACGGAGACGCAGGCUCCCCUUUUGCAGGUCAUCUCACCGCAGCACAGCCCAGCUGCAGCGGCUCCUUCUGUUCUUGUGUCCCCCAUGGUAUUCACACAAGCCACCUGUGCCCCACGAAGGGAGAGAGAUGGCAGGCUUCUGCCCCUGCAGAGCCCAGAGCCCUGUGCGGUCGCCAGCAGCCCACUCACCAGGCCGCAACUCCAGGAAGCACUGCUGUACCUCAUCCAGCCACAUGGCUGGGUUGUCUUUCUGUGCUGUCGUGAACACUUGGCACGUUACACGUCAACCGCUGAAAACCAGCAGCUCUGUGCCGGACACACCUGCAGCCCCAUCUAACAUCCAUGCACACAGUCACAGCCACCGCUGCUGAAGAACACAAGCAGAGAAUGACGACAACUUCUUAAAUAUCAUCUAUGAAGCCUAUUUCUUCAGCAUGACGCAAUCAGCCAUGAAAAAGCCUACGUGAAAGCAGAUCCUUUGAAAAUAUGAUUUUCAGGGACCUUCUAAAUCUCCUGCAUAAGGCUCUUUCAUGUGAAGUGAUGCAGCCCAAAAUGUUCCUUCCUUUAAAAAAAUUGUAAUAAAAAGUUCAUAUUUUUAUUUUAUUUA